AGACAAAAUUUUAAAAAUGAUUUUCGGCUCUGAUUUUGACCAAUUUAAAAAAAUAUAUUGAUUUUCGUAAGCGCUUUCUAUGUCUGUAAUAUUUUCGAUUUUUUUACUAUUAAUUCGUUUUUAAUCGUGUAAUUUUCCACAAUGGCAUACAAUUUUGAUAGCGGCCAGUUUAACGAUGCAUCAUCACCCAGGAAGCUUGGUAACUUCGAGGUCCCACGCUGGGCGCCAACUCGCCCUCGUCCAAUGGAAAUGAGGCCUGACUCAAAACCUAUAUGCGACAUUAAUGGACACUUCUUACCUGGUGCACCUAGAGGUACAUCGAAGUGUUUUGGGCACUAUACUGGUACUUGGGACCUGCCUAGAAAGAUAACGAGAGAAGUUGCUGCGGAGUUGCAAAGAGAACCCCCUAAAGGUAGAUUUCCAGAUUGGUUAAAUCUCCGUGUUCAAAGGCCGAAACAAGCAGCCGCUGCCAAGAAAGCAGCGCGCAUGCGUGCUGCGGCACGCGGACAAAAAGUUAAGGCAGAAAAAGAAGAGGCUCCCGAUCCACAGUCCUUCAAACCACGAGUUUGUCCGUUCCAUACGCACCAUAACAAACAAAGCUAUGCCUAAUUGAGGAAAGUACCACAUUAUAUUGUAGAUUUAUAAGCAUUGCACAAAUAUGGCGGACGCAAAAUUAUUGUGAUGUGAUUGUUUUCCGUGACAAUUUAACAGUUAAUGUAUUUUCUUUCAUGUCUGCGCUUUUAAGGAAUCAGACCCUAAAACAGAUCAACAACAGGAACAAAUUAAUGACAAUAAUUCAGAUAAAGUGAAAAAUGAAGACAAUCUAGAAAGUA